AUGGCGAUGAGCAUGUCUGACGAAGAACUGCGAGACCUUGUGCAGGGCCCAGGAGACAUCGAGUGGACAUAUGAAAUGAGGCGACAAUGUCAACAGAUCCUCCCAGGCCUCCUUCUGGGGCCAUUGCAAGCUUCAAAGUCGCUGGAAACUCUGAAGUCUCUGGGCGUCACCCAUAUUGUGUGCAUACGUGACGCGAAGGAAGCGUUCUCCGUCCGGCCGCGAUUCCCCGAGGUUUUUACCUAUAUGACGCUUGAUGUGCAAGAUAGCGAUGAGCAAAACCUCAUCCGCCUGUUCCCUCCUGCGAGGAAAUUCAUUGACGAUGCCAUCACUCAGGGCGGCUGCGUGCUAGUGCAUUGCAACGGCGGCAUCAGCUUGUCUCCUUCCUUCGUGGUGAUGUAUGUCAUGCAACAGUACAACCUCAGCUGGGAAGAGGCGUUGCACUUGGUGCAGAAUCGACGAUAUUGUAUCUCGCCUAAUGGAGGCUUCAUGGCCCAGAUCAAGGAAUAUGAGUCCAUAUACAAAGCCCACAACGCAGUCGCUUCGUUCCCGCCUACAGUGCAAUCAGCAGCUGUCAGACGGAAGCGAUCAGACUCGGAUGAUGAUGAGGAAGAAGACAGAGAGGAAGAGCGUAAACGACCCUUGAUGGAUCCUGAUGUAGAGAUGGAGUCGCGAUGA